ACGUGAAUGGAGGACGUGUGUCUGUGAAUACUGAGUACGACGGCGAAGUCGUUUUAAUUCGGCUACUUAAAAUUAGUGCAUUGAUUACGUUUCACAUGAUAGAAUCCACUAAAAACAAGCAAUCAAAACCCUAUAAUAUAGAUAUUGUGACUUAAUAGCAGUGCAAACUUCGCAAUGGGUAAAGCUAAAAAGGGAAAGAAACUCCAGAAUGCCGAGGACGGCGACAGUGACGUGGAGACCACUAACAUCGAGAGCGCGAAACCUUCGCAAACUAAAGGGAAGAAAAUUGCAGUUGAUUCCGAUGAGAGUGAAGACGAGAAGCCUAAAGCUAAGUCGAAGCACAAGAAGUCCGUAGAUGAAGAUGUUAAGGAAGUCACAAAGAAUAUUAAAAAUGUUUCAAUAUCUAAGAAGUCUCAAAAGAAGAAGGUUGAAGCUAGUAGUGAAGAUGAGUCUGACGAUGAACCAGCACCAAAAUCAGGCAAAGGCAAGAAGGCGGCAGAUAAAAGUGCUUUCUCCUUCUUGGAAAUAGAGGAUUCAGCAGAGUCAUUACCCGAUGCUGCUAUUUCUUCCGAAGAUGAAAAACCUCAAAAAUCACAGAAAAAAGGUCAAGAAAAAAAAGAACCUGCUGGCAAGAAAGGUAAAAAAGCUAAAAGGAAGAAGGAUGAUAGUGAUGAUGACUUAGAAAAAGUACUCGCUGAAUUAGAAAUGGAAUAUGCUGGAGUUAAAAAGGAACCUACGCCACCCACCGAAGGAGAGAAACCUGCUGAGCCUAUUGAAGAGAAACCAAAAACAAAGAAAAAAGGUAAAAAAGAGGAAGCCAAAGCAGAGCCUGAAGAGGAAAAAGAAGGCAGUGAUAAUGAACUUGAUGUGACAGUCAAGACUGCUGCACAGAAAAAGAAGGAAAAGAAAGAAAGAGAAAAACAGAAGAAAUUAGAAGCUAAGAAGAAGGAAAAGGAACAAGAAGGGAAAAAGGAAGAGCCUAAGACAGAACCUAAAGUAGAAAAGGAGGAAGUUAAGGCCGAGGAACCAGCUAAAGCACCAUCUGAGGAAAAAGAAGGUGGAGACACCCCUGCUACUGAAUCCAAAAAGAAGAAGAAAGGUAAAGGCAAAGAAGAAAAGGAGGAAAAAGAUGAUAAAGGUAAAAAGGGUCCUGCUAAGAAAACUAUUGCUGCUAUGCAGGAAGCUCUUAAGAAAAUUAAAGAAGAAGAAGAGCGUUUAAAAAAGGAGGAAGAAGAAAGGAUAAAGCAAGAAGAAGAGAGAGAACGGCAAAGACUAGAAGCUAUUAGAUUAGAAAAAGAACGCAAAGAAAGAAAGAAGCAGAAGGAAAAAGAUCGCAAGGAGCGUCUUAAAGCAGAAGGGAAGCUUUUGACUCCUAAACAGAAGGCUGAGAAGGCUAGAGCUCAGGCUAUGCUGGAGUCGCUGAAAGCACAGGGUAUAGAAGUGGGUGGGUCGGAGAAGAAGCCUCCAAGGCCGGGCACGAGGGUCAAGCCUACGAAGCUUAAGAGCCAGAUGUCGCAGGAGGCUCCGUCAACUCCGCAGGAGGAGAAGAAAGUGGAAUUGGAGAUUGUAGAUAAGAAGGAGGAACCCAAAAAGCAGGAAAAGAAAGAAGAAGAAGAAGGCAUCAAGGACUCGUGGGACGCUGAGUCUUCAGAGGAAGAGCCGGAGCCUACACCUGAGCCGGAACCAGUCAAGCCACCACAGACUCCUGCUAAGGAUAAAACACCCGCCAAGAAGCUGGAAGAAGAAGAAAGUUCGUCCGAGGAAGAAGACAGUUCGGAUGAAGACUCAAGCUCUGAAGAGGACUCUGAUGAUGAGGGGAUGACUGAUGCGCAGAAAAAGAGGGAGCUCAUCUUGAGGAGAUUAGAGAAACGCAAAGAAGAGAACGAGUUGAACAAACAGAACAACCCGCUUCGUGCCGCCGUGGUGUGUGUGCUCGGCCAUGUCGACACUGGCAAAACCAAGAUCUUGGACAAGUUACGGCGAACCAACGUACAAGAUGGCGAGGCUGGGGGCAUCACACAGCAGAUAGGCGCUACCAACGUGCCUAUUGAGAAUAUUAAGGAGCAGACUAAACAUGUUAAAGGGGUGAACGAGAUCGCGUUCAAGCUCCCCGGGCUACUCAUCAUCGACACGCCUGGCCACGAGUCCUUCAGCAACCUGAGGAACAGAGGGUCUUCUCUCUGCGAUAUCGCCAUCUUGGUGGUAGACAUUAUGCACGGCCUAGAGCCCCAAACGAUAGAAUCCAUAAACCUACUCAAACAGAAGAAGACCCCCUUCUUAGUAGCGUUGAACAAAAUAGAUCGCUUAUACGACUGGCAAAGUGCUCAACGUAAAGAUGUGCGAGAUAUUUUGAAAAUGCAGGCUACGAAUACACAGAUCGAGUUUGAGAAGAGGAGCAAGGAUGUUAUGCUACAGUUUUCUGAACAGGGUCUAAACGCCGCGCUGUUCUACGAGAACCCGGACCCCCGUUCAUAUGUGUCCCUAGUCCCCACAUCAGCUGUGACGGGCGAAGGCAUGGGAAAUCUCUUGGCGAUGAUCGUGCAAGCCUGCGAAGGUCCCUUACAUAAGAGAUUAGUCUUCUCACAACAACUGUUAGCUACUGUUCUUGAGGUGAAAGCGAUCCCGGGUCUCGGAACGACGAUUGACACAAUCCUCAUCAACGGAACCCUCAGAGAAGGGGACACUAUGGUUCUCGCUGGCACAGACGGGCCCAUAGUCACGCAGAUCAGGUCUCUACUCAUGCCGCAACCUAUGAAGGAGUUGAGAGUCAAGAACGCGUAUAUGGAGCACAAAGAGGUAGUGGGCGCGCAAGGUGUCAAAAUCGCGGCCAAGGAGCUCGAGAAGGCCAUCGCUGGAUUGAACCUGCUCGUGGCACAGAAACCUGAUGAGAUCGACGUAUUAAAGGAAGAAGUGGCACGCGAGCUGAAAUCCGCUCUCUCGUCAAUAAAAUUGUCGGAGCGCGGUGUGUACGUGCAAGCGUCGACACUAGGCUCACUGGAAGCGCUGCUAGAGUUCUUACGGACUAGCAAAAUUCCUUACUCGGCGAUCAGGAUAGGGCCGGUGGUGAAGCGUGACGUCAUGAAAGCGUCCGCCAUGUUGGAACACGACUCACAGUGGGCCACCAUCCUAGCGUUCGACGUUAAGAUCGAGCGCGAUGCCCAAGAAAUGGCGGACAACCUAGGCGUGAAGAUAUUCGCGGCCGACAUCAUCUACCACCUGUUCGACAAGUUCACGGCGUACAGAGAAGAACUCAAGCAGAAGAAACGAGAAGAAUUCAAGCAUAUAGCUGUGUUCCCUUGCAAACUACGGGUGUUACCACAAUUCGUGUUCAACUCCCGCGACCCCAUCGUGUGCGGUGUAAUGAUAGAGGCUGGCAUCGUGAAGGAAGGCACCCCCAUUUGCGUCCCCAGCCAAGAGUUCGUGGAGCUCGGAAUAGUAACGUCAAUAGAGAUCAACCACAAGCAAGUAGAGACGGCGCGGAAAGGCCAAGAGGUCUGCAUCAAGAUCGAACCCAUACCCGGCGAGUCGCCGAAAAUGUUCGGGCGGCACUUCGACGAGACAGACAUGCUAGUCAGCAAGAUAUCCCGCGCGAGUAUCGACGCGUGCAAGGAUUACUUCCGAGACGACCUGAUCAAGACCGACUGGCAGCUCAUGGUGGAGCUCAAGAAGCUCUUCCAGAUCCUGUAGACCCUCCCCCACACCCUCGGUACAUCUACACCAGCGUUGUGUAAAAUUAACUUUGAAAACCUGAUUUCUACAGAUCUUGGGGUCAUUCUACUCAAAAUCGUCAGCAUUUUCCAUCGUUAAACAAAGAUGCCUCAAAAUAUCCGUUCAAUUAUGUCUCAAAACAAUCUUUUUUGUUUAGUGACGUAGUGGAAACUGGAAACUACGAUUUGCACAAAUUUUUUUGAAACAUUUAAUGCAUCAGGCGCUUGACAGCGCAAGUUGUCCUAAACCGCGUAGUAAGGACAAGUAGGUACAAUGCUAUGAAUAUAAAUGUACUGGUGAUUCUGAGCUCAAAAACCUCAAAAUCAGGAUCUGUGACAAUCAGGUCUUCGACCGUUUAUAGAAGGUUUAAACAACAGAGCUCUCGGAGUAAAGGGACGUUGACCGCCAGUUCCAUCUACACCACAAAAUCUUAACUGAACCGAUCAAACUUAUGCGGGUGCUACUGUACCUAUAAAACCUUCAUAAGCCAGAGAAACAGUGUUGUGUGUUGCGAGGCGGGCGUGCGGCGUGCAUAUCAAACAAUUGAAGCUCAUACAAGUAUCCUGAUUCGAUACUGCAUAGCGCGCACGCGGUCGAGCCCGCCCCGCUUCACGCCAAGCCAUCUGAGCGUCCAAUAAGGCCCUCAGGGGGGUUACCAUGACGUGCUAAAGCCGUUCAGUUUAGGUUGAGAGAGAGGGACGGAGCUAUGUAACUGCUAUAGCUGUGUCCCUUUCUCUCAACCUAAACUGAACGUCUUUAGUACGUCAUGGUAACCCCCCAGGACUACCGGCUUGAGUCAUAAGAAAAAUGUUGCCCGUAGAUUGUUUCAGUUAUUCCACCGAAUCCGAUGUAUCAUAGAAUCUCAACUUACGAUGUAACAACAAAUCCAGAUACCUAUUUUAACGAUUUCUUUCUUCCGCUAAACAUUUUAGGUAUUUUCUUUAUUAAACUCUUAUUGCUAUAAAUCUUGACAAUUAAAGAUAUUUGUCCCAUUUUUGUAUGAAAAACUAAUUAUCAUACAAUACGUAACGAAACGGAAAAAACAGUAUGGGACAAUAGUAUUGUUAAGAUGGAAAGCGUUAAAAUUGUCUAUACGGAAAAUAUAUAAAAAAAGUUCUGAAAUAAUAACAUUUUCGAAUAAAUAGAUGAAAAUACAUACCUAGUUUACGUAAUAAGCUUGUCGUACAAAAUUAUAACAUGUACAUUGUUUUAUAAUUUAUUUACCUACUGCCAUUUAAACGCCAUUUAACACAAUAACAUUCAACCAUCUUGUUAUAAGGGACAUGUAAAUAUAAAUGAGACAUUUAUGAUACAUACAUCAUAUUUUAUUUAUUAGCCGCGUUUGAAAUAUUUGGUAUCUUUAUUUGUGUACGUGCAUACGUUUUGAUUUUAAUGUAUUUUAACAAUGAAGUCCGAUGAACAACUCUUGCAGUUUUACGUGUCAUUUUAUUGAAAAUAUAUUUAGCAUCUACGAAAGUUACAAAAAAAAAUUUUUUUUCAGAAAUAUUCAAUAAAAAGACUCGUUAGGACGCUGUCUUCCUAACGCUAAAAAUAAGUACGAAGUAUACUUAAAAAAUACCCUCCCACUUUUGUUCCACCAGUUUUUUUUUUUUUUGCAUGUGUGUUUUUAUGAAAUCCCCUGUAUAUAUCCAAUAUAAAUGUUACAAUAAAAUAAAAAGCGAUGUUAUGAAAUGUAUGAUUACAGUUUAUUUGAGUAAUAGUGCAAUAUGCGAUCUCAUUGUGAAAUUGUAUUUGUUUGGUAUUCAAUUUUCUGGGCGAUAAUGUAUUUCAACUUGUACACUUUUUUUCAUCUUUUUUUUAUUUCCACAUUAAAUCAAAAGAAAGUUUUCGUGGCAAAGAAAACGUGAAUAGUACCUAAGACUCUUUAGAAAACAUUUAUUUUAUAUUAAUUUUAAAGGAGCUCUGAAUAGAAUGAACAUAAAUAUUACUAAUGAUAAAAAAAAGUGUACAAUUUGACAUAAAAAUGACCCUUACAUGGUGCCUCUGAUUCUAACGUAGUGCCAGUUUUGUAAAUCGAUGUCUAUAUAAAAAGAUAUACCUAUGAUUAAGUAGAUGGGGUGUUGUAGUUGGUAAAUUAUACGAGUUUCAAAUGGAUUUGAAAACAAACGGCUAUAAAACUUCGUUCGUCAAAAUAGUUUGUCUCUUUCUAUCAAAUCGAAAUGUUUUGCAACAUUCAAAGAGUAAGGGAAUCAGACUAAAAUAAAGUCACUAAAUUCUUCAGGAUUAAUUCGAGUCUCAAAGAUAAAUUCGAGUUUUUCAACGCCCUGGGAGCGCUGUGAAUGAAAUGUAUGGGAGGUAUAGAGGUCGCCUAUUGCGGUAAAGUCCGUCUGAGCUAACUUAUCAUAGACUUUGAAGUGAGGCAACACAACAUCCUACAAUUACCGUUUGUAAUUCGAAGAUUGCUCGUCAUGCAGCAUUUUUUACGGCUUGGCUCGUAACAAAAACAAAUUGAGGGUAGGUAUAUGAAAAGGUUAUGCUACCAAAUGAUGAGGUUAAGAAUAGGUAGCUAGCUUAGUGACAGAUCCGCGUGGUUUUGUACUGUUGAUUAACCUACAAAAUGUUAUUUAGACGAUCAACCAAAUCUUAGCACUAAAAAGUUGCGCGAAAUUAAAAUUUUCUAUCCUUUGCACCUGCAUUUUCAAUAUUUUUAAGUGUUAUGGCUCGUCGAUGAUUCCGCCAACGUCAAGGUUUAAGAAGGCAUGUGUUGUAUGAAGACAAUUGGCCAGUGAGCCCUACAUUUUUCAAAUUUGCCGCCAUUUUACUGCCAAGGUCAGUUGACCGUCUAUAACUACCCUGCAAUCUACAAAUUCGUUUACUUUUUAUAAAUACCAAAAAAUGCAAAUUUGUGCACUCUUCGACUUUCAAUACAUGAUUGAUCCGUUAUUUUUGUCGUCUUUUCGUCGACACUUUCACAUUUUAUCACGGAAAAGUCUAACCCCCUUAUUCAUAAACGUACACUAAAGUUAUCAAGCUGAUAAAGUUCGUUUGUCCUUUUCUAUCACACCAAUACGUCAGAAAGGGACAAACGAACUUUAUCGGCUUGAUAACUUAGUACAUUUAUGAAUAAGGGGGUAAGGGUUAGCUUAGUCCCACUUAAUUAGUUCUCUCUAAAACUGAGGUACAGAGGUUGUAUUAAGCAUGUAGGUAUUUCCCUUUUUAAAAUGCUUUGUAUUAUAUAGAUGGAAUCGGACAUAUUCUUAUAUUGAAGAAAUUAUAUUAAAUUAUGAAAAUUA